UGAGUGAGCGGUCCUGCUCGCUGCCACAAACCCGGCGGAGAGUGGAGGGGAAGGAGCGCGUACUACCGGGAGAGAGAGAGAGGGAACAGGGCAGAGCGUCUGAGCGCAGACACGCACAGUUGUGGGAGGACAGCGGAGAGGCACCACGUUUCUAUCUGCCUACCAGCUUUACGCACGCAGAUCGAGCUGCUCGGAGAUCCUGCGUUGUCUUUUGCGCAUGAACGGACCAUUACCGGGAAACUAGAUCGGAACACAUUUAAUUUCCUUACCAAGAAAAUGCGCCUGAAGAUAUUUGCAUAAAACAAUUGGAAAUAUUUUUAAUCCAAGGAGGAAAGACGCGAGUUACUUUUCCCCGUUUCCGUCGCAGUUAGCGCUCUCUGAUGAUCUUUUUGGUUUCUAGUUAAUUUGAAACGCACAAUUUUCUUUAUUUACUCUGCUGAUCUGUUUCCCUGCGCUGCCGACUGUGCGCACAGCAAUGGAUUGUAAACCGUGUUUAGAGUUCAAAUUGCAUUUCUAGACAAGUUGCUCUGGUUGAGGAGAAGUGGCGGCACGCACUCACACUGCAUGAACUGUUUAUUUUCUCCGGCGUGUUAUUCUUAGAGAGUCGGGUGAACGCUGUCCGGCGUUUGGAUUUUGGACACAACCGUGUUGCACGUUAGAAAAACAGAUAACUGUGGAAACGGUCAGGGAAGUGCGACCUGGAGCCGUGUGUCAGAUAAAGCAAAUAAAACCACACAGGAGGAGAAGACGUGUUUUAUUCUGAGGGAGAAAGAUGGAUUUAUUCGUUUGGCUCUGUGGAUGUAUUUUGGCUCUUCUGUUACCUUCAGCGGUAAAAGCCGGGGAAGGAGCAUCUGAACCAUGCGGCGGCAAUUUAGAUGCAAGCGAUGCGGGCUACAUCACCACCCCCGGCUACCCUCUGGAGUAUCCACCUCACCAGAACUGCCGCUGGGUCAUCACGGCCCCUGAGUCUUCGCAGCGCAUCGUCCUGAACUUUAACCCGCACUUUGAAAUAGAGAAACUGGACUGCAGGUAUGACUAUGUAGAGAUCCAUGACGGGAACUCAGAGUCAGCUGACCUACUGGGGAAGCACUGCAGCAACAUCGCCCCCCCGCCGAUCAUAUCCUCAGGGCCUGCGCUCCACAUCAAGUUUGUGUCGGACUACGCCCACCAGGGGGCGGGGUUCUCGCUCCGCUAUGAAAUCUUCAAAACUGGUUCAGACUGUUCCCGUAACUUUACCAGUCCCUCGGGCCUCGUCGAGUCCCCGGGAUUUCCCGACAAAUACCCCCACAACCUCGAGUGCGCCUUCAUCAUCAUUGUCCCGCCCAGAAUGGAUGUCACCCUCACCUUCCUCACCUUUGACCUGGAGAACGAUCCCCUGCCAGGUGGAGAUGGAGACUGCAAGUACGACUGGCUGGAAGUUUGGGACGGGCUCCCGGGAGUGGGCCCUCUGAUCGGUCGAUACUGUGGGACCAGGGUGCCUCCCGAGAUCCAGUCAUCCACUGGGAUCCUCUCUCUGUCCUUCCACACGGACAUGGCCGUGGCUAAAGAUGGCUUCUCGGCUCGCUAUAACAUGACGCACAAGGAAGUCAGCGAGACCUUCCACUGCAGUAACGCGUUCGGCAUGGAGUCAGGAAAGAUCACCGACGACCAGAUCGCGGCGUCGUCGACCUUCGCCGACGAACGCUGGCUGCCGCGACAGGCCCGACUCAAUUACAACGAUAACGCGUGGACGCCCUCGGACGACAGCAACAAGGAGUACAUACAGGUGGACCUCCAUACUCUGAAGGUGCUUACCGGCAUUGCCACACAGGGCGCCAUUUCAAAGGAAACGCAGAAGAAUUACUUUGUUACCUCCUUCAAGCUAGAGGUCAGCACGAACGGAGAAGACUGGAUGAUCUACAGACACGGCAAAAACCACAAGGUUUUCCAUGCCAACGCUGACGCCACGGAGGUGGUCCUCAAUCGAAUCCCACAGCCGGUCCUGGCCCGCUUCGUGCGGAUUAAACCUCAGACGUGGAAGAACGGCAUUGCGCUGCGGUUCGAGCUAUACGGCUGUCAGAUCACGGAUGCCCCCUGCUCAGAGCUGCAGGGCAUGUUGUCUGGUUUGCUUCCUGACUCGCAAAUCACUGCGUCCUCCAUGAGGGACAUCCACGGCUCCAUGGGGGCCGCCAGGCUGGUGGCCAGUCGAUCAGGCUGGUUUCCCAACCCAACGCAACCCAUAGUUGGAGAAGAGUGGCUGCAGGUGGACCUCGGUGUGCCCAAGAUGGUGCGUGGCAUUAUUACCCAAGGUGCACGAGGCCUGGAGGGCAGUGCGGAGAACAGAGCAUUUGUCAGGAAGUACAAACUGGCUCACAGCUCGAAUGGCAAAGACUGGACCUACAUCACUGACAGCAAGACUGGGUUUGCUAAGAUCUUUGAGGGCAACGGCCACUACGAUACUCCCGAGGUGCGGAGGUUUGACGAGAUAGUGACUCAGCACAUCCGAGUCUUUCCAGAGAGAUGGUCGCCCGCCGGGAUCGGCAUGAGGAUGGAGGUUCUCGGCUGUGACCUGCCCGAAACCACCACUGUACCUGACACUGUGACCCCCACCACACCUAGAGUGGAACAGACAACCUCUGUGAUGAGAUCUGCCACCACUCCGCCCCUGUCGGCCGUGUGUGGCUUUGAGCAGAGCCUGUGCGGGUGGUCGGCUGAUCCCCAGUCAGGUGUGAGCUGGACCCUGCACACAGCCAGCAGCAGCUCCACUGUGCACGGCGCUCAUGGAACAAGGCAGGACCUGGCACUGGGAUCAGAAAAUUUUUCAGGGAACUACCUUCAUCUCGAUGCCGGAAGCCACACCCUGCGCAAGAAAGCCCGGCUGCUGAGCCCCGAAGUGGGGCCAGAGCAAGGCCCGCUCUGCCUCCAGUUCUACUACCAGCUCCAGGGAGAGGCACAGGGCAGCCUGAGGGUCCUGCUGAGGGACAGCGACCAGGGAGAGACCCUGUUAUGGGCAUUAAAAGGUGACCAAGGCAGUCACUGGAAAGAGGGGCGCACCAUCCUUCCUCGAAGCCCCAGAGAAUAUCAGGUGGUGUUUGAGGGGUUUUUUGAACACCCGACAAGAGGACAUAUCAGAAUAGACAACAUCCACAUGAGCAGCAGCGCUGACCUGGAGCAGUGUGCACAGCCUUUGCAUGCUUUACUUCCUGGCCUGAAAAGGGGUGCCAUAUCUGGAAUGGAGCCCACAGUAGACACAGUGGUGGUGCAGCCAGUCCCUGCCUUCUGGUACUAUGUGUUGGCGGGAGGCGGUGCCCUCUUGGUGCUGGUCAGUAUAACCGUGCUGGUGAUACUGUGCUGCCACCGGUACCACUGGGCGACCAAGAAGACCAGCAGUAGUCAUCAUCAUUCGGUGACGUACCGCAACAACCAACUGCCAUAUCAGCAAGGUCGCCAAAACUGGUACCAGAGCCAAAACCCAGGCUGUAAUCUGAUCCAUAGCCCUAACCAAAACAACCUGAACCCAAGCACCGGGCCGAGUCUGGAACCCAUGCUCACCAUAUCACUGGAGAAAGAGGACAGCUACGAUUCCCAGUGUUGAAAAGGCCCAUCUGAUUUAAUAGUAUGUUUUUUAAAUGAAGCGAUCAAGGGGUGUGAAAAGAAGCCGUAUUCAGCAUAAUCACUGCUCUUCACUGAUGAGGAUCUGCACAGAGGCACUCCAGUGCACGUUGCUGACGGCUGAUCUAAUUAACUGAUCGGCGUACUAAACUGGUAGAAAGAAGUCCUGACAUUAAACUGUACCCCUGAAGAGCAGAUGACAGAGCUUCGGUUGUAUUUCUGAUGGCUGAAGAGGGCCUGAUAACGACACUGUGGGGCAAUUUUUUUGAUGUCGAGCGUAGACUGGCUUCUAUACCUGAACCCUGAAAGCGAGCUGGAUUAUGACCACAGUAAAUCACAGUAAAGGUAGUAUGAAUAACAGGCUGUGGAUGACACACACUGCAUUUACAUGCAGCGUACAAUGUCAGGGUUGUAACAGCAUAUCCCCCACCUUCAGUAAAUGUCAGAGCAGGAUCUGUCUGUCUGCCCCGCUCUGAUCUGCAGCUUGGACAUUGCCUGUCUCCAGAUACCCGUCAGACAGAGGAAGGAUUUACACACAGGUAGAAAAGACACGCUGUGUUUGUGUGCAGCAUUAAGAGUGAUGGCUGCUUCUCCGGGACUGAAUGAAGCCCAAUUUUAUUUGCCCACGUGUGUUUGCGAGACUGAGAUAGUGACAGAGACAGAUUAAUAACAAAAAAACAGGAAGAAUUAGUGUUGCCGGUCCAGCUGUGACAGAUAGACAGCUGCACAUGCACCCUGCAGCUCUGAGACGGCUUACGUCGCAUCACAUCAGCUGAAACACGCGCACCAAUAUAUGCACGGACACUUCUGAGAUUUUCAAGUCUCACAUGUUACUUUGAGUGUGUUUUUCAUUACAUUCUGGAUAUGCCUUUUUAAAAAACGUGCUUUAAACCUAUAACCUCCGAUAUGAGGUAGUGCCUCUGUGUCCAGUAAGAGUCUGAAUGGAUGCAGUUUGACUCUACAGUUUGUUGCCUGGAUCUCGUGGAUAAUCUGAUGCCUGUGUCUGUCAAUGUUCAAACUAAACACCCGUGUAUGUCUUGCACACAUUAGGUUGGGUGAAUGAAACAAAAAGAAAAGAAGUACUAUCGUGCAUCAUUUGAAUGUGGAAUAUUGUUUUUCUUAAAUCUCUGCAAAUACAACAAUCUACAAACAGUCUUUACUUUCUGCACAUAAUUACCAAGGCCUUUUUUGUUUCUAACACAUCCAACACUGGUAUCCAGUCCAAUAAAUGAGACCAAACUUGCUUUGUUAAAGAGCAUUUUACAACUGAAGCCUUUUGGAAAAUCAUUUAUCUGCUUAAAGACUGCCGACUGAUUCUAGAGCAGCAACAAUGUAACUUUUUAUUUAUGUAUUUUCUGUUAGGGGUGUAACGAUUCUCCAGAUCCACGGUACAGUUCAUGUUUCUUUUGAAUUAACGAGAAAAAGCAGCAAACAGGUUUUUGACAUGAUUACCUACCUUCACAGGACAUCACUGGACGGGAGGAUUAGGGCCACUGAGGAAAAUAUUUUUGAGUCGUCACUUUUUCAUCUUCAGUGGCCCUAAUCCUCUCCUGUAGGUAACAGCUGCUUUUAACCAGCUCCACAUGACCAGCUAUCAUAAGCAAUACAAAGUCAUGUCUAUUUAGCACAUCAUUACAGGACGCAACAUCUGUCUGUCAGCUGCUAAUAUGCAUCCCAUAUUUGCAAACGCAUGCUGUUUAUACUAACACAAAAAUGCUCCAGUAAACAGACGCUCAUUUAAACUGGAUUUUACAGCAAAGCUUGGCUAAUGUACCAGACGUGACCCUGCAGUUAGUCUGCCAUGGCUGUCACAUAUGGUCUGUCUGUAUUUACAGUCUUUCACUGAGUUGAUGCUCUUAACUUUUACAUCAUCUCCAUAUCGUAUCAAUAACAAGAUGAGAGCGCAGCGGCGGUGAGGUCUAACGAACGAGGCCGUGGAUGUAUCGCAAAUUUAGUGUCUGCUUCUGAACUGUUACGCCCCUAAUCGGCAUCUGUCACUCACUGCAAUGAUGGUCUGUGUAGUGGAUAGAAAAAGUCGACACACCUGUUAAAAUGUCAGGUUUUAUUGAGACCGAGAUAAAUAAUUUCCAACAUUUUCCAUCUUUAAUGUGACCGACAGUUUAUCCUGUACAGUUCACAUGGAAAACAAACUAAAAUCCUUAAAAGGAGGGAAAUGUCACAUUUAAAGUAAGCUGGUUGCAUUACACAGCAUUUUGGAGGUAGUACUCUGUCAGCAUGGCACAUCGUAAAUUAACAUUAUUGACCCUCUCCAAACCGGUCAGGUUGUGAGGGUGUCGCCUGUGCACAGCCCUCCUCAGGUCACCCCACAGGUUUUCUUUUGGGUUCAGCUUUUCUGGUGAUGAUAUUUUUGAUGACUUGGUGAAAUUCAUAUCGAUCUAGAACUUUCUAGCAGACACCUGAAGGUUUUGCACCAACGUUGAUUGGUAUUUGAGACUUGUUCCCUGCACCUUGACUACUAUUUAUUUAAGUUCCCCAGUGCCAGCUGAAGAAAAACAGCUCCAAACCAUGAUGCUGCCAUCACCGUGCUUCACAGUGGGUCUGGUGGUGUUUUGGUGAUGGGCACUUUCUGGACUGUGGCCACAGAAUUCAGACCGUAGAACAUUUUCCCACACGCUUAUGGAAGAAGUGAAGGAUGCAGAGAUUGUUGUCACGUGUGGUUAACGUCGCGGUCAGCCUCUUGGCAACCUCCCUGACCACUUUGGAGGGGUACCCGGUCUCUUUUAGUCAGUAACAAAGUGUUAACUAAGCAAGUGUCAGAAAAGUCGUGUUAGACCAGCUGAACUUUAUUUGAUUGUAGUCAGAAUCUCUUUAACCGAUGGCAGGUGUGUGCUGACUACUGUUUGGCAUGAUUUUGAAUGUCAUUGGUUAAUUUUCUAUGCAAACCAGUUAUAAAAGGACGUGCAACCACAUUAUUUCAUUAUUUAUUUAUUUAUUUAUUCCCUCCGAAACGUUAACAGUUUGUUUUUAAAUUGAACUAUACAAGUUACAAGUCAUAUUAAAGAAAGCUCUCACCCCCCAACCGGUCACGGCAGAUGGCCCCGCCCCUCCCCGAGCCUGGUUCUGCCGGAGGUAACUUCCUGUUAAAAGGGAGUUUUUCCUUCCCAUUGUCGCCAGGUGCUUGGUUAUAGGGGGUGUCUGAUUGUUGGAGUUUUCUCUGUAGGUCUUUAUUUUUGACUAUAAAGACCUUGAUGUGACUAUUGUUUGAAUACUAACAACAUUGAAAUGAAUUGAAUCUUUCGUCUUGGUCUUACUUGGCAUUUUAACAGGACUGCUUUCAUAAGUUUGAUUGUGUAUUUAAUCAGCAAGUGUAACAUGAUGCAUUUCUGAUUAGCGGUUUCAUAUUUUUGCAGUGUAGAGAACAUGAGCACUUUUCUUCUUAAUUUACUUACAUCUACUGUGAAUCUUUUCAUAAAUUGAUUAAUGUUCUUUCUGUCCUUCUGUGUUGCUGGUGCACACUAGUCACACUAUAGUUGUUUUUAUACUUGCUGACUAAAAAUUAUAUUGAUUCUGCACACUGGGAUGAAAAAAACUAUUCGGUGUCAUUUAGUGUUUUGAAAGCUUUGAAAGCUCUUUUAAAGCUUCUAGUUUGAAUAAGAUAGGAGCUCAUAAUAAAGCAAAUCUAAAGUGUUAACGUGUUUUAUGAAGAAUGCUCACAUGAUGUCAGAAAAAAUCUAUCUAGAUUGUGAAGCUGACGGUGUAUCAGAGUGGACUUCACAGCAUCUCUACCCCCUACAUCAUUUUGUUCAUGCCCAAAUCCCUGAGCCUUUUUAUCAAAACCCACUUGUUCCUGUUCUUCUCCUUCCCUUCAUUGCAAAUCCUCCCAGUGAAAAACACAGGAGAGAAAAUGAGAGGCAGAAAUGGAGGGGAGCAAAAUCUCUCAGAGGAGAAGGGCCCAUUAAGCGAGCCCCCUUUUUCUCCAAAGAAUGUGCCCAGAGAUGGAGGGAGAUGAAAGAAGUAAAAGGAAAAAAAUGCUCUCUAUACUUUCUAAAGAUAGAUCUUUCUUUUACUCUAAGAGGGAGGCUAACAGGGAGGCAGGUUGUGGUUUGGAUUGAAGGAAAGAGAGAAUAGAUGGAGGAGGGCAGGUUGUUUCAAACACAAAAGCAGAUGAAAGAAGUCUCUUGGCAGAAUAGACAGCGUGAUGAAGCCUCACUGCACUGCACACACACACAGACGAGCAAACGCCAUCUAACCACCGCAGACCUCUAUUAGCCAAGAACCCAGAUUUGCAGCAAGCUCUCAAAACACCGUUAUCAAAAUCAUUGUUUCAUGCAUUUUUUCCACACUGCAGAUAUUCCCCAUAUUGGCUUAUUUCAUCAUGCUGCAUCUUAUAAAAUGCUGUUUUGUGCCUUAGUCAACAAGUAUUUUAGUUAUUUUGUGCUUGCAUAUCCAUUUCCAGUGUGCCGAGCCCCUCUCCCUUCCAUAUCAAUCGACUCGCGUAUGAUUUACACAUUAUAUGACUCAUUCUAGCAGCCUUGUGCCAUAACCCAAUCAAUGUGGGGCUGGAUUCAAAUAGAGGAAUGAUAUACGGGUGUAUUUAUGUUGUGCUACCCGUGCACUUUUCCCCUGCACUCUCUCUCACUCUCUAUCGAACUUUUGCAAGUUUCUGGCGUCUUUUCAUGCGGCCCUUAUAAAUCAGCCUCCCUCCCUCCCUCUCCCUUCUCCAUCACAGACUACUUUGAAGCCUUUUAAUAAUUCUAAUUAGAUAAUGGAGCUGAUUGCAUUCAUAAAGCCCUGCGGUAAGCAUUUCUAGCCCUGAGGCCAUCUCUAUUUUUUCUCUCUUUCCUCUUCCUCCUGUGGAAAUAUUAUCGUACAAGCACUCUAACAGGUCCUCGGGCCCCUGUGGAACAGCGAAUGGUGCCAAAGAGCCAUCCCUGUCUCUUCCUGAAUAAAAAAGAUCCUUUUUUAUUUUUCUCUUUACUAAUUGGAGAAGGGAGAUAAAAUGGGGCUACGGGGAGUUUUAAUCUCCUUUCAGAUCCAUGCGAUGAUUCUUCUCAGGAUCCUCGCCCGAGGGCUUUCAGCCAGGAUCAUUAGAAAGCGUUCAGCAGUCAUCCAAAGAGCGUCCAAACCUCUGGUUUUUAUCCUGAUUUUUUCUUCUCAUCUUUCUUUAAGUGAUUUAAUGUUUUGUCAAUGCUUGCAGUGAAAAAGGAGAAUUUAGAGCGUGGAGGGUCUGUAGUCAGGCAGCAGAUUUACAGACGUGUCGUCUUUUGCAUUUCAGUAGGAACCUUUAAAACAUAAUUACAGCACGGCUACCAGGUUCAUUAACUUCUGAAUAACUGCACUGUUUUUACAUCUAAUUACACGAGAGUAUUAAUUCAUUAAAGUCUGCUGCCGACGCUCUCUUUAAUCACUUUUUAGUUUUGCAACCUUUCAUGCUUUCAGCUUGAUUGUAAAUUUAGAUACAACCACGCGUUGAGAUUUAUCUUACUUUAGUGUAUAGCUUUGUUUUUUAUUUCUUAAUGAAUUAAAUGUUUCUUCUGUAAAUCUGUUGGAAGCAGAGAGGCUUGAUGAUUUUGAAACACGGCCUCAGAUGAAGCUGAGUUUAGUUCACUCGCUCCGCCUGAGUAAAAUCAGCCUUGAGGCUGUAAACUUCUUCAUCCCCGGCCUAAGCCACAUUGCUGUUAUAUUGCUUUUGUGCACUUUCUCUGCCUUUGUCAAGAUUUGAUGGUUGUCUUUCAAUGUCAUGCACUUUGAGGACAUUAAAUAUUGAUGUCAGUCAAAUAACUACAUUUAGAAACGCUCCACUGUUUGCUUAAUUGAAUGCACUCAAUUAGCAUAGGAUUUGUUUGUCGUUUUAAUAUUUGAAAUGAAAUUAAAAUUUGGUUAAUUCCUUUAGUUUGUUCUCUAAUUGGGUUAGAAAAUCAAUUUUUAGAAAACCGUCUUUCGUUUAAACUCAGUUCUACGACAUUCAUGAGCGAAUAGUGCAGCAGGUGUCAUUUAAAGGAAUUCAUCUGUAAGCUUUGAAGGAAAUAUGCAAAGUUUGUAAAUGCAGUUUAUUGAAGGUGUAAUCGCAAGAUGCCAAAACUGUCUCACAGACGAACAACUUUAUCUAAUUGAGGAAAUGAAGCUUUUUUCAUAUGUUCUAAAUGAGUUUUUCACCUUUUAUCUUCUGAAUAUCUAUUACAGUUUCACUUCAUAAUGUGUUUUUGAUUCCUCUGCUCUGGCAGUAAAUGAUUAUCAGCUGCUCAGAUAUUGCUCCAUUUAUUUCUGGGGACUGUAAUGUCAAUUUCCUUGAAUAAAACUGAAGAAGAAUUGAGCCCUCAAAACCUCCAAAGCCUUGCACUCUGGCCUGCCUCGAACAUUUAAAGUGGUAUUUUAGCUUGUUGAAUUUCACGGUCUUGGAAUAAAAAGAAAAUAAACUGUGGUGAAUGUGAAGGUAAUAAAGGUAAUAUUUUUCUAUGAAACUGUUUUGUGUGCUUUCAUUUUUUAAAAUUCAGCCUCCACUCGCGUCUUUCCUCUCGUCUUUCUUUUCAUUUCUAAGCAAAUAAAAAAAGAGCACUGAUGCUUAUCACAUAAUGGAAGUUGCUGGCUUUACGCAGGUAGUCUGGGAGAAGAGUUCAGUAAGACUGGAUGUUGUUUUUCGCCGAUAGACCGAGCGCGGAACAAAACAGUUUGGAGGAGCUUUCUUCCCUGAUCUCUUCAGAAAGUUUAAACUCUUUGAGCUGUUUGAUACCCAUCUACAAAUGCAGCGUAGACACGGAGCGACGUUAUCGCGGCGGGACUCUGGAGUAGCUCCAGACGGUUUAGAUUAAUACUG